ACACACUCCUCCACCUGUUUGUAUUUACUAUCAACACUUUCAAAAAAACCCUUUGCUUCCCUCUAUUUAUAAACCCUAGUUUCCGGUUUCAUUCUACCACCAUUUGCAAAAAAAUAACCUCUGCUUUCUCUCUGUAAUUUCAGUGUGUGUUUUUUGAAAUGAGAGGGAUGAAGAGUUUAACCAUUUGGGCACUCUUUGCUGCUUUACUCUCACAGCAGCUGUUUGCUUCUGUUGCUUCCAUAAGGUUUGAGGAUUCGAAAACAUACUACUCUCCUCCCGACCCAAAUGCAGGAACUCCUCCAUCACACGGAGGAUACACACCAACUCCUUCGACUCCAUCACAUACCCCUCCUUCUAACUGUGGAAGUCCACCUUACGACCCAACUCCUUCAACUCCAUCUCACACUCCAACUCCUUCGACUCCAUCUCACACUCCAACUCCUUCGACUCCAUCUCACACUCCAACUCCAUCACACACCCCAACUCCAUCACACACCCCAACUCCAUCACACGGUACUCCUCCUUGCAACUGUGGAACUCCACCUUCACACCCUUCAACGCCCUCACACCCUUCCACGCCUUCUCACCCUUCAACGCCUUCACGUCCUCCUUCUGGUGGAUAUUACUCAUCUCCUCCACCAAGUACUCCCGUCGUUGUGACUCCACCAACACCCAUUGUUGACCCUGGCACACCCAUCAUUGGAGGAAGCCCACCAACUCCUAUUAUUGACCCUGGCACUCCUGGAUCUCCUUUCGUCCCUGCUCCUUUCCCACCAAUCACUGGAACUUGCGAUUACUGGAGAAACCACCCUACAUUGAUAUGGGGUCUGCUUGGCUGGUGGGGAACUGUUGGAGGAGCUUUUGGUACAGUCAGUAUUCCAAGUAGCAUCCCAGGGUUUGAUCCUCACAUGAACCUUCUUCAGGCGCUUUCCAACACUCGUACUGAUGCCAUUGGAGCUCUUUACCGUGAAGGCACAGCGUCUUGGUUAAACUCAAUGGUCAACAAUAGGUUCGCUUUCACAACCCCUCAAGUCAGAGACCACUUUGUAGCAGGACUUUCUUCAACCAAGGCAGCCACAAAGCAGGCUCACACCUUCAAGCUUGCCAAUGAAGGUCGCCUAAAGCCAAGAGUCUGAAAAAGAAGAGAGUUUCAUUUUCUCAGUUUGUUUGUUGGUUUGCAUUAAAAAACAAAUCUUUUAAUUAAUUAUCCUAUGUUGUGUGUGCUCAGUAGAGUUUUAAGUGUCCAAUAGCUCCUCUAGUAAUAUUUUAUGAUGGAUACUCCUUUAUAUUUGAUGUUGCUGUUUUAAAUAAUGUUUAGUAGUUCCCCUGUUUCUCAAAUCACUGUUCAAGAGCGUCUAAAGAAGAUUAAUUAUCACAUGAAAAUUAAAAUGAACAAAGAAGAACAAGAAGCUAUCAAUAGGAU